AGCAUUGCCCUUAACUGGGGCCAGGGAAGGUCAUUAACAUGAAUGUGCAAUUGUCACUGUAGACAAUGCCUUCAUUUUGAGGAUCUUAGGUGCUUUUCGUUGUGUCCUUAAUUAUAUAACCUGGGGUCUAAAGUACUGGAAUUGAUAUCUUGGCAACAAAAGGAUGUGAUGUCAGCAGAGAUUGGGUUUUGCACCUUUGUAGUGGGAGAAAGGCUGUCUUGUGAAAAUACCAGGGGACGAGGUGAAAGAGGCUUUGUUCUUGUUAAGCUUCCUUGUGUCCAGAUGGUAUUGAGUUCUGUGGACUUCUGGGGCAGUGAGUGUCUGCUGGAAUUUGCUGGAAAGGUUCUCUUUGCACCUGGCCCUGGCUUUUUGAAGGGAAUGGGCUGGCAUGGGAAGGAAGGUGCAAGUUUUCCCUAGCUGUGAUUGAUCUUGAGGGUGGAGGGUACUUCUGAGCCUUGCUCUUCCAGUAUGUUCUGCUUACAGCUCAUAGCUGUGGACCCUGGCUCCUUGGCUUUCGAGCAGAGUGACAUCUUGAUUUCAACACAUGCCCUUUGACCCUUUGUUCUGCUGUGAAUUGUUCUGUUAGGCUGGGAGUUUCAGCAGUGGGAGCAUGUUAGCUGCAUUUGAUCAGAAUCUUUCCAUUUAAAACAGUUCCCAAGGGAGAGAAAACAUGGGGUCUGAGUGAGCUGAUGUGUUUGUUCCCCUGACACGAGAAUCUCUGAGCAGGAGUAAGGUCUGAUGUGCGCUUCCUCUUUGGAGGCAGAGGCAUGCAGGUGCUCCUCCGUGAUCCGGGCAGAGGAACUUGGGAAGUAGUCUGCUCUCUGGAGCUAUUUCUCUAGAAUAAGUAGGGAAAAUCAGUUUGAUGCUGGGGAGACUUGCAGGAAUCAAGAUCUCCGGUCAGGAAGAUUACUGAGACAUGGCUCUCUAACUUGUCAGAGAGGCCACCCUGAACGUGCCUCUCUUUGGCUCCUUUGGAGGAGGGGCAGUCAUAGCCAUAGUAUAGGACCUAAUUCUUCUAAGAGCUUAAUUUACGGAUUCAGAAAAGAUGUCUCUUGAGGAAGAUAAAAUAACUACAUAACUGACUUAAAACACAAGAGAAAUUCAGGGGCUCAGGGAUGGAACUUUGGGUUCCCCGGUGGCCGCCUCAGCCGCGAGGGAGGCCCACAGCAUCAUCAAAGGCUGCAGACCGAGGGCUUUGGAGAGACGGGUAUCAUCGGCCUGUUCCUCACUCUUCGCACCACGGAGAGAGGCUCUAUCAAUGGCAAGACAUCCGAGGGAGCCCCCAGUCACAGCAGGACCCCAGGGCAGACCACCAGGCGCCUCAUUAUGCGUCCAGACUUGGGGAAGAGCACCAGCCUAUGGCUGGGGCUGACUACGGCGAAGGUGGUUAUUCCAGUCGGCUGUACUCAAGGAGAGGUAUUGAGGAUCCAUAUCAGAGCUAUUAUUCUUCAAACCUAAGGGAAGAAUAUGCUUACCGAAAUUACUACUACCCUGGACCCCCGCAGCAGCAACAGGAAGAAGGAGCGCUGAGGCAAGGGAGUCCUUACAUCUGGCAUGAAGAUUACCAUGAUCAAAGGUACCUCAAUGAACAUCAUCAUGAAAACCAGAACAGCUCGUUUGGAACAAACAGCGAGACUCAGUGCCAAUCUAAGAAUUGGAAUCCUUAUAAAGACAGUCCUGCUUCUAACUCUGGACAGGAGAGGCCUGGGGACCUAUUUCCGGAGAGUCUGCUAACUAGGACCCAGAAGAAUAAGCCCACACUGAUGGAUGAGCCCAGCCUUCUCCAGCAGCACGAGUCUGGCCUUAGCUCCAGCAGCUACGAGCUUAGUCAGUACCUGGCGGAUGCCCCUGAGCUGUAUGACCCCAUGUCUCCAGCGGCUUGGAGUCCAGUUCAGGCUGAGGAUGUCUCAGCAGCUGUUCCCCAGGAGCCCAUGAAGUUCUAUGUUCCUCAUGUGCCUGUGAGUUUUGGGCCAGGAGGUCAGCUGGUGUGCGUGGGCCCCAGGUCUCCCAGCGAUGGACAAACAUCCCUUGUUGAACUGCACAGCAUGGAGGUUAUUCUUAAUGAUUACGAAGAACAAGAAGAGAUGAGGAGUUUCUCAGGACCACUGAUAAGGGAAGAUGUACACAAGGUGGAUAUCAUCACGUUUUGCCAGCAGAAAGCAGCUCAGAGCCGCAAAUCUGAGACACCAGGGAGCAGAGAUUCGGCUCUACUGUGGCAACUGUUGGUUCUCCUCUGUCGGCAGAAUGGGUCCAUGGUGGGAUCUGACAUUGCAGAGUUACUGAUGCAAGAUUGCAAAAAGCUGGAGAACUACAAGAGGCAGCCGCCGGUGGCCAACCUCAUCAACCUGACCGAUGAGGACUGGCCGGUGCUGAGUUCAGGGACCCCGAACCUCCUCACCGGGGAGACUCCCCCCAGCCUGGAGACGCCCGCGCAGAUCGUGGAGAAAUUCACUAAACUGCUGUACUAUGGAAGGAGGAAGGAAGCCUUGGAGUGGGCCAUGAAGAACCAUUUGUGGGGCCACGCUUUGUUCCUGGCCAGCAAGAUGGACCCCAGGACCUACAGCUGGGUUAUGAGCGGCUUCACCAGCACACUGGCGCUCAACGACCCACUGCAGACCCUCUUCCAGCUCAUGUCGGGGAGGAUCCCACAAGCAGCCACGUGUUGCGGGGACAAGAAGUGGGGAGACUGGAGGCCUCACCUGGCUGUGAUACUGUCGAAUCAAGGUGGGGACCCAGAGCUGUACCAGCGUGCGAUUGUCACCAUGGGGGACACCCUGGCCGCGAAGGGCCUGGUGGAGGCAGCUCACUUCUGCUACCUCAUGGCUCACGUGCCCUUUGGCCACUACACCGUGAAGACAGACCGUCUGGCCUUGCUGGGCAGUAGCCACAGUCAAGAGUUUUUGAAAUUUGCAACCACUGAGGCCAUUCAGAGGACAGAGAUCUUUGAGUACUGCCAGAUGCUGGGCCGUCCCAAAUCCUUCAUCCCUUCUUUCCAGGUGUAUAAGCUCCUUUAUGCUUCCCGUCUGGCAGAUUAUGGCCUUGCGUCCCAGGCCUUGCAUUACUGUGAAGCCGUUGGCACAGCCAUCCUCAGCCAGGGAGAGAGCAGUCACCCUGUUCUAUUAGUGGAACUCAUCAAGCUGGCGGAGAGACUGAAGCUGUCAGAUCCCCUGGUGCUAGAACAGUGCCGUGGAGCCGGGCAUUCCGAGCCAGACUGGCUCCUGCACCUUCGGAGGCGGCUCACUGAGCUGGAGCAAAAGGUAGCAGGAGACACUGCAGAUCUUCGUUCUCACUCAGAUAUCUUGGGAGCCAGAGGAACAACAGAAAACACUUCAUACCAGGAGCCUUCGGGACAUCCAGGCAACUCGGAAGACCUGAGGGACCGCUCAGCUCUGUGGCCAGCAGCGGAGCAGACAGGCCCAGCCCAGCCCUUUCCCCACCAGCCGGGCUCCUACCCGGCAGGAGGAGGUUCGGGGCAGAUGGGGGUCCCAGUGCCUCUUUACUCGGUUCCUGAGAGGCAUCUGCCAGGGACUGGUGGCAGCUUGCCAGUCUCAGGGGCCUGGAAGGAAACCCCACAGACAUGCCCUCCCCCUGGGGAGAACACAAGGUUUCAAGAAUCCUUCCAGCAUCCUGAUGGUCAAAAGCUUGUCUCCAAACCACAGGCGCCACUGAUUCCCAGAGCGCGGAGUAGGUCCGAGAGCUCCAGCGUUUCAGUCAAGGAGGACGAGGGGGAGACUUCUGAUGAGGCAGACAAAACAUCUUCCCAAAAUGCGGCACAGAGAGAAAAGCCAGGAGAUGUGAAAGGGCAUAGAAAGAGCUCCGGGUUCGGCUGGUUCAGCUGGUUUCGCUCAAAGCCCAGCGGCAGCACGUCAGGGGAGGAAGACUCGUCGGACAGCCCCGACGCUGAGGACGCCCCCAGAGCGCCUUCUCCCCCCGAGCCUGGCCCGGGCCUCUCCCUGACGUCGCUCCCAGAGCCCCCGUCUCUGCUGGGCACCAGCACCUUCUCCAGGGGCACAGGUGGGGGUGAAUUCCGAGGAUCACUGUCCAGCGGGGGCACAGCUGAUGGUACCGGGGGCUUGUCUGGACCUGAGGGCGUUUCCUCUGAGAUUUACUCCAACCCUGGUGUUCUGCUUCCCCCACCUCCCUUGGAAGGGGCAGUUCCUCUCUACAACCCAUCUCAGGUCCCCCAGCUCUCCGCUGUUACUAGCCUGAACCGGCCAAGUCGCCUAGCUCAGCGCCGCUACCCAGCCCAGCCAUGAGGAGAACGACUGCCCAGCCCAGACUGGUCUCUCUGGAGCACAGCUUUUGUGUUGCUCUCCUUUCUUACUCUCCCUGUUCCUUUGCCAUACUGGGGCCCCCAAGAGGGUUGUGCUGGCCUAUUGCUUCCCCUGGGCAUGGAGAAGGCAAGGGGACAGGGGCUUCCAGGACACAGCUCAGCCCAGUCUCUUAGGACUAGCUUCAGAACGGUGGUGAUUACUUCAUCAGAUGGGAAAGCUGGUAUGCAGCGGACUGGAGGUGAGCAGAGCACCGUCUCGGCAGCACUUAGGAUGGGGGUUUCAGAUCCUCAAGACGGUCAUACCACACAGACCCCUGCUGGAGUCAACCGCACCACUGGGCUCUGCAGAGAACAUUUUUUAAUGUGUGUGUGGUUGACGCGCAGAGCAUUAUUCUGGACCAACUUUGACUUCUUCCUCAGUCUUAGUUACAGACCAGUUCAUGGCUCUAGGUAGCAAAAGUUUUAUACUGGAACUUGAUUAUUGCUUCCUGUUAUAAUUCCCUUGUCACUGACAUUUCAGCAGUUUCUUUCUUGGUCCUAGUUUUGAGCACAUUUUUCUGUGGUUCAGAUUAAUUAUAUUUCUUACUUUCUUAGCUGGUCCUAUUUUUCCCAUUCUGGCAUCUGGCUAUCAAGUUAGAUUGCUGUAGGCACCACAUUGUCAUGGUAACUACUGAACCUAAUGAUGCGGAUGGAUGGAACAUCAGUAUAAUAAAUGAUGGAAAAGGUUUCCUAAAAAUUCACCCCUUUCAUGAGCAAGGAGGAUUGAGUGCCUGAUACUGUUAAAAGCUUCCUUCCUACCUCAGAUUUUGGCAAAUUUAUGUUUGGAGGGUCACUGGAACCAGAGAGAGGAGGGGGACAUCUUGGAAAUUUCCAUUUCUCCUUUGAAGCCCAAAAUAGGAAUAACUCUUGCAGAUUUGCUGAAAAUUCCUCCUCACAGAGAACAUUUUUUUGUAUGUGUAAUUGUACAUACAGGUUUUGUACUCUAAUGUACUAUGGUUCUAAUGUUAUAGCAAUUAAACCUGAUAAUUUUAUAGCUAA